GUCAAUUAUUCUCUACAGAUACGCUUGAAUGGUGGCCGCACACCCUAUGAAGGCCAAGUGCAAAUUCUCCACGAACACAAUGGCACAUUGAUAUGGGGGUCCAUCUGCGGUGAAGGAUGGGAUAUAAUGGAUGCCAUGGUGGUUUGUCGCCAGCUGAAUCUCGGCUACGCUAGCCAUGCAUUCCAGGAGACCUGGUAUUGGUAUAGAGACACUGAUGCAGACAACGUGGUCAUGAGUGGGAUGAAAUGCUCUGGGACAGAAAUGGCUUUGUCUCACUGCCCUCAUGAUGCCAAGGUCUCUUGUCCCAAGGGAGGCGGACGCUAUGCAGCUGGUGUUUCCUGCACAGAAACUGCGGCUGAUCUCGUCCUCAACGCCAAAGAAGUAGAAGAGACAUCCUACCUGGAGGAUCGGCCCAUGCAUGUGCUGCAGUGCGCCAUGGAAGAGAAUUGCCUGGCCUCCUCCGCGGUCAAUACCUCGGUGUCAGAGGGUGUCAGGAGACUUUUCCGCUUCUCCUCCAAGAUCCAUAACAAUGGGCAGGCUGACUUCCGUCCCAAAACGGGCCGCCACGCUUGGAUCUGGCACGAAUGCCACAGGCAUUACCACAGCAUGGAAGUCUUUGCCCACUAUGACCUGCUGGAUAGCAACUGGACACAAGUUGCUGAGGGCCACAAAGCCAGCUUUUGCUUGGAGGACAGUGACUGCAUAGACGGUGUCCAGAAGCAGUACGAAUGUGCAAACUUUGGGGAGCAAGGGGUCUCUGUCGGAUGCUAUGAUGUGUAUCGGCAUGAUAUUGAUUGCCAGUGGAUUGACGUCACCGAUCUGAAACAAGGAGAUUAUAUCUUUCGGAUCAUUGUUAAUCCGAACUUUGAAGUGGCAGAGUCUGAUUAUUCCAACAAUGUUAUGCUAUGUAACGUCAGGUAUGGAUCACUACGUGUGUGGGUGUACAACUGCCAUAUAGCCAACUCUUACUAUGAACCAGACCAGAAAGAAUAUUUCAGCGGACUUUGGAACAAUCAGGUGUUUUAACUUUAGAGUCCCUCUGUUUUAAAGAAAAAAAGAAAAAGAAAAAAAAGGAAGGGCUUUCCCCAUGAUUUCCCUAACCACUGCUCAGAAAACUGAAGUUAUCAAGCAACCAACCACGAAUGUUUCACGUUAGCUCUGUAAGUUAUUUUUCAAGGGCGUUACUCCAAACCUACUUUGCAAUGUUUAGCAGAAGGAGACCGCAGCGGCAGGCUCAAAUUUCACACCAUUCCAAGAGAAGGAAAGUUUUGCACUUGCUGUAUGACUUUGCUUCCCUCCGAGUACUUCAACCCUUGCAAACUCUCACACACUCUCGGUCCACUGCAGCAUCCAAAGGGGCACCUGAUUGACAGCUCUGCAAGGUUUGAUGCUCAGCGUUAUCUUUUUUUGAGGACUUCUCUUACAGCCUUGGUAGUUUGUCUCGCACACAUUCGAAAAUCUGACUCUGUGCCACUGGUGGAAGGUCGCCUUUCUUCAUCUUAGCCUGCUCACAUCUCCAAGAACACGGGUGAUACCAGGGGUGGGAUCUUACCAGCAUAACAACCAGUUCGGUGAGUGUGCGUGCACAGUACUUGUAAAUCAACUUCUCCUGCAAGCAGUAAUCUUCUCCUGUGCCGCACAAAGCAACUAAGGUUCCUUUAGCAGGGAAUAAAGGACAGCCUAGAGCCCAGGUGGGCAGGUGGGCUCAACUGAAGCAAAGAAGAUCUUCAGAGCAAACUGGUUUGGUGUCAGGUGUUCUUCAGAGCUACCGGUUCUAUAGAACCAUGCCAAACCGGUAGAAUCCCACCCCUGGGUGAUACUUGGUUUUGGGAGGGGGGAAAGGUGAAACUGUCAGUAGGGCAAGGAAAAUAGGGCCAUCCUAACUUCCAUCUUGGUUUUAAAAAACCACUAGAA